AGGGCUGUGGUCUCAGUGAAAAAAUCCUGUGGGGUUAUAUCCGCUAAUCUCCAAUCUGAAAGUGCAUGCCUGAGGGAGUUGGACCUGAGCUCUAAUCCCCUGUGUGAUGCUGGGGUGGAGCGUCUGUCUGCUGGACUGAAACACACAUGCACACUAGAGACACUGAGACUGGCUGGCUGUGGUCUCAGUGGACAUUCCUGUAGGACUCUAUCAUCAGUUCUCCAGUCAGGAAGCUCACAGCUGAGAGAGUUGGACCUGAGCUCUAAUCCUCUGAUGGAUUCUGGAGUGGAAUAUUUGUCUGGUGGACUGAAGCACAUUAACUGCAGACUGGACACACUAAGACUUGCUGACUGUGAACUCACAAGUAGUGCUUGCAAAGCAUUGGCCUCAGUUCUCCACUCAGACAACUCCCACCUUACAAAGAUGGAUCUUAAGAAGUUGGAUCUGACCAACAACGACUUGACUGAUUCUGGAGUGAAGGAGCUGUGUGCUGCUCUGGGACAUCGGAGCUGUAAACUGGAGCUGUUGAGGCUCUCUGGGUGCCUCAUCUCACAGAGGGGAUGUGAGUUUAUAGUCUCAGCGCUGACAUCAAACCCUGACUCCCACCUCACUGAACUGGACCUGAGCUACAAUCAUCCAGGAGACGCUGGGCUACAGAUUCUAUCAGCACUGCCUGAGGGACGAGUGAAAAUGAAAGUCAAGUGGCUAUUGAUAACUGUUCCAAACGCACGCUGAAGAAAGGAAAGGAGACGUAUGCCUGUGAGCUCACCCUGGACCCAAACACUGCACACAGGAAACUCCUUCUGUCUGAGGGGAACGUGAGGGUGACAGGCGUCAAGGGAGAGCAGCCGUAUCCAGAUCAGAUGUGUUGAUUGUUCUAUAGAUGAUGGGCCGUACAGGGAUCAAAAGUCAUUGGCUAACAUCAAUCAUGUUAAGGCCAAAGUUCCAGUGUCUGAAUCACACACCCUCAGACUCCAUCUGUUAUAUAUGUAAAUUAUAAGCAUAUAAUCAUGCACUUAGUUCUUUAAGCGCUUCUUAUGCGUUAUGGUUUGUAUAAUAUUGUUUUAUUUCCAUUAGGCUGUUGAUUAAUUUGACAUUAUUGUUUAUUAUUGAUAUUCUCCUUAAUGUAGUC